CUCACAUGGUAGCAGUCGCCACUCCGCGUGUCAACCACUUGAGCGAAGCACAAACACGCUCAAAGCAGACAAGACCGCAGCGCGAGAGGGGGAAAAAAACUCGAGAGAUUCAAAACCUCCCAAAACCCUCGCCCACCGCCGCCGCCUCCCUCCGGCGCCGCCAUGGACCGGGCCCCGCCGCGCGGCGCGCCCCGCGACGCCGUGGGCCAGCGGUGGCUCGCCGUCUUCGCCUUCCAGGCCGUCCUAUCGGCCGCCGCCUCGGCGCUCCACCUCGCGGCGUCACCGCGCGGCCGCCGCCACCCGCUCCUCGGCGUCCCCGCCGGCCUCCUCCUCGCGCUCCACCCGCUCCUGGCCUGCGCCGCCGCGGGGCUCCUCGCGCUGGCGCUCCUCCUCACCGCGUCCCCGCACCCGCGCCCUCCCCCGCUGCAGCGCCGCACGCUAGCGACCGCCCUCCUCGCCGCGGCCGGCGCGCUCUUCGUCGGCGCCGCCGCGGCGAUCCUCCCCGAGGACGCCGGGUGGGCGGCGGUCGCUGGGCUCGGAUUCCGCGGGGCCGUGCUGGGUGCCGUCUUCGCCGCGCACUACUUUGGCCGUCGGAGGUGGUUGCUCCAGUUCCCCGUCGUGCAGCGGCCUUUAUUCUACGGAUUGAAGAUGGGACUUCUGCCAUCUGGGAAAAAGUCCCUAAAAGUGUCGCUUCAGGCCUUCUGCCUUUCAUUUGCCCUGAUUUUACUCCUUCCUUGGCAAUUCAGAAACGGAGGCUCUAUUGGAAGCCAAAUACUCACUCAGAUCAGCAUUUUUAUAGUGACUGCUGGUGUUUCCUUCUGUUUGGAAAUAAGCCAUCAUUUUGUCCAGGUCGUACAUACAAGGAGGUGCAGUUUUGCUCCACCUCAGAGCACUGCCGCUGCUGAGACUAAUCCCACUGAAUUUAUCCUGGAAACAUUGGAACAAAGCGAUCCACGAUCAUUAAUACAAUAUCUUGCUUACCAAGAUUUGUGUGUGGUAUCUGAGUGUAACUUGGAACCUUGGCGCCGAGCUGCCUUCUUUGAAGAAUCUGGUGAAACAUAUAAAAGAAUUGUGACAGCUUGUUUGAAGCCACUUGAGGGGUUUUCUUCAAAAGUCGCUCAAGCCCUUGAAUACGAUCCAGAAUUGAUAUCGCAACAGUACGUACUCAUCAAUGCAUUUGAUGAUUCUCAGAUAUGCACGUGGUGUGCUCGGACAUUGGCAGGAUUAACCGCGCGCUCACGCCAGGAGGAUCGUUAUGGAGUUGCUCAGCUCACUGGCUGCAAUGCUGCCGUGAUGACUACAUUGCUAUCUGCUCUAGUGGCAAUUGAGGCAUGUUUAGGAAAGAAAACGAACCCACUGCCUGUGCACUUGGGUCCUGAAAGCAUUAGGUGGGCUCAGUUCUCCACAGUACGAACUGGCACUGGAACUGCAAUUGCAAGCAAGCAAGUUGGUUUGCACAAGAAAGCUUGUGCCAUGGCGGAUGUUCUUAGGACUUCAGUUUAUCAAAUAGUUUCUGCAUUCAUCGAUGACCUGCGAGCAAAUGCAAAACCAGCAAGUUUGGAGAAGAAUUGGAUCAGUGAAGGGAGAAAGCCUGUAUAUGGUUCCCAAGCAGUGUUGGUUCAGAAGUUGAGUUUGUUUAUUGAGUACCGUGCUGUCUGAACUAUGGUUCGUUGUCUCUUAGAUCCUUAACUGCACAUCAGAGCAUAUUUCAAGGAAAUGUUUGGAUUUUUGAACUUUGUUCAAGAACCAUUGUUUUCCUCUAGAACCAAUGAAGAUGGAUUUUUCCAUUCACAAUUUUCCGUAGGGGAUAUGGACCAUGACUAAGUGUAUUCUGGUGAGCAGCUGUGCAGAACUCUCUUCAGCAGGUUCACUGUACUCCUGGACAUUGGAAAGCGCCUCCUGUAGUUGGGAAUCCGUGCUUGUACCAUGAAUUGUAUCCUUGCAAACUAAAGUUGAGAUAUUAUAUCAUGGGAGAGGGAAAUUGUAAUAGACUUGUCUAACUUUUUUGAUGGCUUAUAGAUUUGCGACGCUGAAACUGUAACUGUGGUUUGGAAGAAAAAAAAAAGGUUUACUUCUA